AUGACUGUAUUUUUUUCACUAGGCGCGCUGGAGGGCGGUCACCUGGGCGGCGGCGGCGGCGGCAGCGCGCUCGGCGCGCUGCGUGCGGCCGGCUCGCCGCCCGCGCCCAGCCUCGGCGCCAGCCGGCAUAGUCUCAUAGGAUUCCAAGUCGUGUGUCCUGAACUAAUUGAUGAGUUGUAUAGUGCGGGAACUGGGGACGGUGACGGUUCUCGAGGUUACUCG